UGUAGACAGAGCUGCUAACCUGGUUCUGUUGGGCUUCAGCCUGACCUCGGUCCCUUUAUCACAGAAAAUAUCUGUUUAUUGAACUCAUUAGGCCGUGUCUCGCUUAAACUUUUUCCUUUUCCCCUCUUAGUGUCUCUGCUCCGUCCAUCUCUUUCUCCUUUCGAACAUGUUAGUGAAUUUUCCCUGCGCUGCUCACCUGUUUUAUUUCUCUGUUUUUAAUGUGGGAGGGAGCCCACCGGGCUUCCUCGUCUGCAGGUCCACGCUCUCCUGCUCUACAGAGCUGCUGUUUACAGAAAACAAUCGGAUAAGUGGCAUCCUGACUUCGCAGACGGAGCCCUACGACCUGUCUUUCUCACGCUCCUUCCAGAGCUUGUCACAUCUGCCGCCCUCCUAUGAGGCGGCCGUCAAAGCCGACCUCAACCGGUUUUCYUCCCUGAAGAAACUCA